AUGCAGCAAAUGGAAUACGAUCCAUCGCAGCAAUAUGCCACAUUCCCUUCGCAGCCAUCGUUUGGCUCGACAUACCAGUACGAUGCGUAUCAGCAGCCGAUGCCAAUGCAAGCAGGCACAACUUAUAUGGGCCACCAAAUGAUGCCUAUCAGUGUCUCUGGUGUAAGCUCAGGUAUGCCAGCUGUGCCCGUCGUGGCUAAUUCAUCCAUGACAGCGGCAACGCCAGCCGAAGCAGCGCCAGGCAAUAUGGCUCAGCAACAGCAGCCAUCAGCGAUGACGCACACCAACAUUACAGCGCUGGGCCCCAUUACACCAGGCGACACGAUCACCUCAAAAGGUGUGACAAAAAAGAAGACGCGCUCGAAGAGCUCAUCACGUCGUCAGCCUGCACCGGCAGAGGACCCAAGAGCAACAGAAGGUACGCUGGAACCUGACACGAGCUUUUACAGCUCUGUGGAUGGCAGUGACAAGGCGAGUGAGAUUUAUGAGGCUUAUGCGCCCUAUGAAGACAACUGGCUCGAAGUGCCGCCUGUACGCCGUGAGCGCCGCCGUCACCGCCGUCGCCAUCACCAACGUGCUGAACAGCAGGGCACCGUUGCGUCGAUGACAGGUGAUACGUCCUACUCGAACGGUGACGAGGACCUCUCUCACUCGGAUGGCGUGAGCUAUCUGGACCAAAAGAGUGAUUUGCAGGAGAGCUUUUUGCCUUAUACACGAGCUACUGAACCGACGCAGCCUACCUAUGUGUAUGACCCUAGUAAUAUUGAUGAAGACGCCGCGCUGGCCGCGGAGCGAUUGCGCAACAACGCGCGAUAUGCAGCGCAACAAAGGUAG